AUGACUUCAGUGGCGGAUGUGCCGUGUGGGCGACAGUGGCGUCGCGAGGCGCGUAUUGUUGGUGGAGAGUCUGCGAAUCCAGGGGAAUUCCCGUGGUUGGUGUCUAUCACUCGGAGGGGAGGUCACUUCUGCGGGGGUGCUCUGGUGAACAAGAAAUGGGUGGUAACUGCAGCGCACUGCAUGUGCAGCGGGCCCGUGGAGUUGCCAGUGGAACACAUCCGCGUGACAGUAGGGGAACAUGACCUGUCCAAGAGGGAGACUCCGCCGUCACAAGAAAUUCGGGUGCGCCGACUGGUGUUGUACCCUGGGUACCAGUGUGAACGCUUCAACCAUGACAUCGCGUUGCUGGAAUUGGAUGACGAGGUCGGAUGGUCGGAAUCCGCGUGGCCUAUCUGCCUUCCUCAGGCAGGUGAAACUAGUUUCUCGGGACGUGAAGCCACUGCAGCCGGAUGGGGAUGGCUUCACGAGAACUCUGCGCACGGAGGAAGGGCAAACGUCCUUCAGAAAGUCACACUUCUUGUCGUCGACAACGAUACGUGUAGAAGUUGGUACAAGUCAAAGGGCAAGAAAACAAAGAUCCUAGACUCUCAAAUGUGCGCGGGCUACGAACAUGGAAGCCGUGACUCUUGUUGGGCGGAUAGCGGCGGUCCCCUCAUGGUGAGAGACGACGGUCUAAUCACUCUGGUGGGUGUUAUAUCCACUGGCAUCGGUUGCGCGCGGCCAAAACUGCCAGGUCUCUAUACACGUGUGUCCAACUACUCCACGUGGAUCAGAACACACGUGCAGGCACCGUGA